AUGAGUUUUUAUCAUCGCCCACUUCGUUUCCUUCUCGACGAACGUUCUGGUUCAGAUACCGGCACCAGAAUGCGCAAUGGUAACAACGGUAAGGCUAAUUUCGACACCAACAUGGUCAUCAUCUUGGGAGCCUUGUUGUGUGCUCUAAUAUGUGCACUUGGGAUAAAUUCAUUAGUAAGAUGUAUACUGCGAUGUGUUAAUAGGCUUACGGUGGACGCAAUAGACGGUCAAGCACCAUCCCGAGGAGUGGCCAGAAAGGGCCUAAAGAAGAGGACUCUGCGUCGGAUUCCCGUGGCCGAGUAUCGAUCAGGGCUUGAUAGUGCUGCAGCAUUUACAGAUUGUCCAAUAUGUCUUGGUGAAUUUAUGGAUGGUGAAAAGGUUAGAGUGCUUCCAAAUUGUCACCAUUGUUUCCAUGUGAAUUGUAUAGAUAUUUGGUUGGCUUCGCAUUCUUCGUGUCCAACGUGCCGGCGGUCAUUGGCGGAGCAGCCACCGGAUAUUGAGGCUGAUGGGAGGCAGGGAGGAAAUGCUGCAGGAGGACAAGGUGAUUUGCCUAGUUCUGUUGAGGAAGUGUGCUAA